UGUAACCUUUCCAGCUCCAGACUUACGUCGUGGGACAACAUCAACCCUGCUUCUCACUGCUGUACAAGCAAGCGCUACCACCAUGGCCGAACACGAAAUGGAAAUGGACGGGGACGACGACCUGUACGAACCUGAAGAGCCCAAGGUCCAACUCGACGACAACCAGCAGCCCCAGCAAUCCAAGUCGGACGAGCUGGAAGAAGGCGAGGAGGAAGACGAGGGCGGCGCGAUGGAUGAGGACGACGACGACUCGGAUAUUGACAUCAUCACUGAGCGCAAGGACGGCACCACAGCUGCCCCCCCGACGUAUGCCCCUCGCUUUGCAGGGCCGAGAUAUCGUCGUCGCGCUGACUCCUCCACUUCUAGACAAGCAAAGUACAGCGAAAUCAGAAAUAUACCACAACGCUCCACCUCUACGGACGCGCCCGCAAAGCCUCCGCCAUCUAGGAAGGAUGAGCCCUCAAAAACAGGCCCCAACGUCGCAGCACCGAGCGCGGAUCGCGCCUCUGCAGCGGCGUCUAAAUCUACGAUAGAUGUCAAUGGGAACCCAACCUAUCCCGCGACUGGGAAACCCAUUACUCAGGUUAACAUUGACGAAGAUCUUCCUGAUAACGAGAAGCCUUGGCGGAAGCCAGGCACAGAUAUCAGCGACUACUUCAACUACGGCUUCGACGAGUUCACUUGGGCUCUCUACGCGGCCAAACAGGAAAGCAUACGCGGCGAGUUCGGAGCGGACGCGUUUGCUACAAACAACAAGAAGAUGAUGGAGGACUUCAACAGCAUGAUGAUGAUGGGCGGCAUGGGUAUGCCCGGUGGCGGCGGCGCUGGCGGCGCGGGAGGUAUGGCGGGCAUGGACGGUAUGCCGCCGGAGAUGCAGGCCAUGAUGCAGCAGAUGAUGGCAUCCGGCAUGGACCCAUCACAAAUGGAUCCCAGCCAGAUGAACGCCAUGAUGUCCAGCAUGCAGGGCGGCGCCGGUGCCGGCGCCCAAGGCAAUCAAGGACAAAACUUCGGCGGUGGAUUUGGAGGCAACCAGGGAGGGUACGGAUACGACCAAGGCAUGGCUGGAGGCGGCGCCGGCGGUGGCGGUGGCGGGCGUGGAGGCUUCGGAGGAGGUCGUCGGGGGCGAGGCCGAUGGUAGGACGUGGCCGAUAGCAGGGACACGGUUGAUGGCAGUUUGCUUGCCGUGCAUUGCAUAGGAUACCCGCAUGUACCGAGCUCGGGAGAGCCGGGCAGCUUGGGACAAGGGACAAGGGCCUGGCGUUUGGGACUGGUGUGCAUGUACAAGAACACGAUCAAGCCCAUGGCGCACGGACAAGAUGCUAAAGUCUGAGGGAAUCAAGACAUCAAGUUUUAU